AUGGUAGAAGAGCUACAUUUGAAUCCUGAAGCUUUUAACAACAUGCAAAACCUACGAUUCUUACAAUUUUAUGGGUUUGAACAUGGAAAGAAUGUGCCUGAAUCUGAUUCCUCUGCAUUCCGUCGUAUCUUGAGAUGGUUGAAAAGAGAAAACUCCAAUGAUGGAAAGGUGCAUGGUUUCAAGAAACUUAAGUUUGAUUUCUAUGAGAUAAGACACUUUUGCUUUCAUGGAUAUCCUGACAAAUCAUUGCCGUCAAAUUUUAAUCCAAAGAACCUUGUUGCACUUUACAUGCCUCAUAGCAAAGUUGAAAAACUUUGGACUGGUAACCAGGUUUUUGUUAAUUUGAAACAUAUUGACCUCAGUCACUCUGAGCAUCUAUGCAAAAUACCAGAUUUUUCACUUAUGUCAAAUCUUGAGAGCUUGAAUCUUGAAGAUUGUACAAAUUUGCUUGAGAGUUUCUCAUCUAUCCAUAAUCUCCAUAAACUUGUUAUCUUGAAUCUACAAGGAUGCAAACGCUUUGAUAAUCUUCCAAUUAGUUUUAAUUGCCAAUCUCUUCGAGAAGUUAAUCUCUCCAAUUGCUCAAAUCUCGAAAGAGUUCAAUAUCUCCCUAAGUCAGUUGAAGAGUUAUAUCUAGAUGGAACUGCAAUAAAAGAAUUGCAAUCAAUAGAGCAUCUAUUCAAACUAGAGAAAUUGAGUCUUAGAAGAUGUUCAAGGCUUGAAAGGUUACCAGAGAGUUUUCGUGAGUUAAAAUCUCUUAAAUGUUUUUAUCUCUCGGGUUGUUCUAAACUCGACAAAUUGCCUAAUGACAUGGGAAAUUUACGAACUCUGGAGGUACUGGAACUAGAGGAAAUUUCUUUUGCAGAAAUACCGGCAUUUAUGACAAGUUUAAUCAACCUGGAGACAUUAUCUUUGACAAGAUGUAAGAUGCAGAAGCGAUCGGAUAUCCCACUCUUCGAUUUAUCUGUCUUCCAAAGAAUGAAAGAGCUAGAUCUGAGUGAUUGUUGCAUCAAGGUCUUACCCGACAGUAUUGGCGAAUUACUCUCACUGCAAUGGUUAUUUCUUAGUGGAAACAAUUUGGAGACGAUACCAGAGAGCAUCAAAAACCUCUCUGGCCUGAAAACGCUUCUUUUAACCGAUUGCCACAAGCUUAAAUGCUUACCGGAGCUUCUAAGCAGUUUAAUGAGAUUUAGUGCACAGAAUUGCGAAUCUCUUGAAUCAAUGUCAAGUUUACCAGCUAUAUUCCUAUGCACAGAUUCUUUUAUUACCACCAUCGACUUCUCUGAUUGUUCCAAAUUAAAAUUAGAGAUGACAGAUGCUCUCUUGACUAUUGGGAGAAGUGCAACAGACUAUUUCUCUCAACUAUUCUAUCGCGAUAAAGUAAGUCUCUCUCUCACUUUUUCUGUUUUCUUAUGA